UGCGCUUGUUUGACUAGAUUGAUAUGAUGAGAAGCGGCUAGAUUUCUCCUCUACCCAAAGGUCGAUGUGAAGGCGCGGUCCAUAACCUCUUAACAAGGGUAUCCGACCUCAUCAUUUUAAGAUUCGCCGUCGUGAAUAAGAGGCCAACAAAGAGGAAGGCCACCACUGGAACGUCGGUUCAGCCGAAAAAGAAGACCACGGCAAUAGCCGCGGCCCGUACCACUUCGGUGGUUAUCACGGGCGAGACUUCCUGGACCUCGGGUAUCCCGAUGGAAUUAGCAACCCGAGGUGUAACCCUAGCCUCUCUACCUCCGAGCUGAGGCAUGACACCAAUUCCCGAGGUUCCUGUGUCCGGAUCAUCUCUGUUCAACCUCCAUCACGUGCCUCCUCAAGAAGUCGAAGAGGAUAAAAGGCACUCCGGUGCACAGUGGUGCUCGGAGUGGGAUCUGAAUGUGAACGACCGAUAUAAAGAUCCCAAGGUUGCCCAAGAACUCAUGGUGCACUCAGUCCUUCCAAGGGACCACGUCUAUGCUCGCAAGCUCACCCCACCCGAACUGAUGCAGAGCGCCUCGGUAGCCUGGGUUUCUACUACGGCCUUUCUAUCCGAGAUGACGCAACGCUACACCAACCUCUUUGAACACUACCAGCCAUCAUCCCAACUUCAACAAAGGGUCGCCAAGCUAGAGGAAAAGCUCAAGGCCACUGAGCAAGAACGCGACAAGGCUGUUGUUGUGCAAGAACAAACCGAGGCCACAAACAACUCUUUGAGGACAGCUCUCGACGAAGAAAAAGGCAAAAGGGUCCAAGAAGAACAGUCAGCCAAGGAGGCAAUAGAGAAGGCUGGCACCUCGGCUCUGGAAGCAUUUCGCAAAUCCGAGGCCUUCACACGUGAUCUCGAUGAGCUCACGCUGCCAAGAUUCAUGUUUAGAUAUACCUCGGCGGUCAAUGACGCGGCGGCCUUUCUCUCUGCCGAGCAAUUAGAAUCCCUCAAAGAUAAGCCCAACUUUAAUAAGGAUGCUAAGGAGUUGUGCGACCGUAUGACCGAAGGGAUUCAGACCGGCAGAGACCUGGCCGAAGUCCGGAAAGAAUUCAACCAGUGGCUCUCCGAGUUCAAUCCGAAGAGUGAUAAGCUCGGAGGAAAUGAUGCUGGAGGAGGCGAGGUCGGUGGGGAUCCGAUGCGAGAGACAGAGGAUGUUGGGGGCACCGAGGCAGGAAAUGCUUAG